AUGGGAUGUACUGGUAAAACCAUUGAAUAUCCCUUCGAUACUAUAAAAGUUAGAUUACAAUCUCAACCACAUGAUCAACCUUUAAAAUAUUUAAAUACUAUAGAUUGUAUCAAAAAAACUUAUAAAUCUGAAGGUUUCCAUGGAUUUUAUAGAGGUUUAACUUCACCAAUUAUUGGUGCAGCUGCUGAAAAUGCUUGUUUAUUUGUUACAUAUAAUUUAACUCAAGAUUUUAUUAAAUCUCAUGUGUUGAAUAUACCCAAAGACCAAAAAUUACCAUUAAAUUAUUUAAUCGUUGCUGGUGGGUUUAGUGGGAUUGUUGCAUCUUUUAUAUUAACUCCAAUUGAAUUAGUUAAAUGUAAAAUUCAAGUUGAACAUGUUUAUUCUAAAGAAGAUUCCACUAUAUUAAAACAAAUCAAGAAAAUUUAUAAACAAACUGGUAUAAAAGGUUUUUGGUUUGGUCAAACUGGUACUUUGUUAAGAGAAUGUGGUGGUACUGCAUCAUGGUUUGGUUCAUAUGAAUUUAUUUCAUAUAAUUUAAAAAAAUUAAGAUCUCCUUCUGCCCCAGAUAAGAUUGAAUCAACUAUACCAGAAUUAUUAAUAAGUGGUGCAAGUGCAGGUAUAAUGUAUAAUUUAUCAUUAUUUCCAGCAGAUACAAUAAAAUCCAAGAUGCAAACAAGUUCAAUUAUAAAUCCAAAUGAACAAUUAAAUUUUAUACAAACUGGAUUGAAAAUUUAUAAAUAUAGUGGAUUUAAAGGAUUCUAUACUGGUUUAGGAAUUACUUUAACAAGAGCUAUACCUUCAAAUGCUGUUAUUUUCUUUACUUAUGAACAAUUAAAGAAGACUUUUACAUAG